AUGCCCGCCAGCAUGUUCAGCAUCGACAACAUCCUGGCCGCCCGGCCGCGCUGCAAGGACUCGGUGCUGCCGGUGGCGCCCAGCGCCGCGGCUCCCGUCGUCUUCCCGGCCCUGCACGGGGACUCGCUCUACGGCGCCGGCGGCGGCGCCUCCUCGGACUAUGGCGCCUUCUACCCGCGCCCCGUGGCCCCCGGCGGCGCAGGCCUCCCGGCCGCGGUCGGCGGCUCCCGCCUGGGCUACAACAACUACUUCUACGGGCAGCUGCACGUGCAGGCGGCACCCGUGGGCCCGGCCUGCUGCGGGGCCGUGCCGCCGCUGGGUGCCCAGCAGUGCUCCUGCGUCCCGACGCCCCCAGGCUACGAGGGCCCCGGCUCGGUGCUGGUGUCCCCUGUGCCGCACCAGAUGCUGCCCUAUAUGAACGUGGGCACCCUGUCGCGCACCGAGCUGCAACUCCUCAACCAGCUGCAUUGCCGGCGGAAGCGGCGGCACCGCACCAUCUUCACCGACGAGCAGCUCGAAGCUCUGGAGAACCUCUUCCAGGAGACCAAGUACCCAGACGUGGGUACUCGCGAGCAGCUGGCCCGGAAGGUGCACCUCCGCGAGGAGAAAGUGGAGGUCUGGUUUAAAAACCGCCGCGCCAAAUGGAGGCGGCAGAAGCGGUCCUCGUCGGAGGAGUCGGAAAACGCCGAGAAGUGGAACAAGACGUCGUCGAAGGCGUCGCCUGAGAAGAGGGAAGAGGAAGGUAAAAGCGAUUUGGACUCGGACAGCUGACGGCCGCGGGCCGGCCGUGGCCCUUGCCUAACUCGAAGGACUUGCACACCCAGACGAUGCUACUUUCUUGCACACGCGCUGCCUUGCGGGAGGGGGGUCGAGAAAGACGAACGAGGAGCUGUAAAUAGUGUACCGUCCGGAGGGUGGGCGCCUGGGGUCGGGCCGCGCCGGGGCUUGUCGUCCCGAAGUCCGAGGCCCCCGGCGACUCACUCCCCACGUAGUAUUUAUAGUUAAAUUAACGGUGACAAUACAAUAAAGUGACGGCGAUGUAGAC